AUGUCGGCCUCAUUACCUGGCUCCAGGGACCUGCCGGUUUCGCAAUAUGAUUUGGCCACGUAUCUCGGCCGGGUGAAGCACGCGGUGGGCUUGACAGAUCCGAGCACCCUCCUCGCCGGCACGAGCGGCCUGGAGCGCGCGAAGCAGCUCGUCACAGACUACAAGACGGGCAAGAUUGCGAGCAUGACGCCCGAGCUGUGGCACGCCAAAAAGGUGGUCGACUCGACGCUUCACCCUGACACGGGCGAGCCCGUCUUCCUCCCCUUCCGCAUGUCCUCGUUCGUCAUCACCAACCUCAUCGUCACGGCGGGCAUGCUCCAGCCGGGCCUCCAGACGCCCGGCAUCAUCGCGUGGCAAGUCGCCAACCAGUCGCUCAACGUGGCCAUCAACUCGGCCAACGCCAACAAGUCGUCGCCCAUGUCGGCCGCCACGCUGGCCAAGUCGUACGCCGUCGCCGUGUCGGCCUCGUGCUCCGUCGCCCUCGGCCUCAACGCCCUCGUGCCCCGGCUCCGCGUCGCCCCGGCCACGCGCAACAUCCUCAGCCGCCUGGUGCCCUUUGCCGCCGUCGCCACCGCCGGCGCCCUCAACGCGUACCUCAUGCGCCGCGGCGAAAUCGCCGCGGGCAUCGACGUGCGGCCCGUCCUGUCCGCCGACCAGAAGAGGGGGCUGCAGGAGCAGGGCUUGUCGGAGCGCGACGUGCCGAGCCUGGGGCGCAGCCGGCGCGCCGCCCGGCUGGCCGUCUACGAGACCGCCGCCAGCAGGGUCUUCAACAGCUCGCCCAUCAUGAUUAUCCCCCCGAUGGUGCUGUACCACGUGCAGACUAGGCAGGCGUGGUAUAGGAACCUGAUGGAGGGCGCGUACGUCAGCUCGCGGCCGAGGCUGGCCGCCGGUAUUCCUAUUGGCCUCAACCUGGUGCUCAUUGCGGCCACGUCGUUUGCCGUGCUGCCGCUGGCGCUGGCCGUCUUCCCGCAGCAGCAGGAGAUUUCGGCCGAUAGCUUGGAGGACGAGUUCAGGGGAAAGGGGGGCCUGAACGGCAAGGUGUGGUUCAAUAGGGGGCUUUAG